AUGGAAACAAAGAUGAAUGCUGAUCCAUGGGAAAAUCCGAGGUUCCAACUCUGGAGUGUAAGCAGUGAACCACCGAAAAACACACCAUUAGUAGAGUACGGGAAAGCAAAUGAUAAGAGAUUCACCAUUAGAGUUGUACAUGGCGGGUUUUUUACAGACUAUCCAGGUAAGUCAUAUCAAAAGACAAAAGUUAACUUUAUUUCUUUUGUCAACAUCGAUUUGCUCAACAUGGAGAUGCUUGGUCAUUUUUCCAAAAGCUUGGGGUAUACAACUAUGGGUAACUGGUAUCAUAUGCCAACCGAAGAAAACUGUGGGUUGUCAUUGAUUCCAAUUAUGAAUGAUGAUUGUUUGGGAACUUUCAAGAUGAUCGUUAGGGCACACCAAUUCCGAGAGAUUGAACAUUUAGAUGAGAAGCUUAUUCAUCUGUUUGUAACAGAACACUCAAUGGCAACAGUUGAUGAUGGAAUAGCAUACAUCAGGCAUAUGUUAAACAUGACCAUUCCAAGAGAAAAAAAGGAAGAUGUAAUGGACAUGGCCAAGGAGAAUGUGAUUGCAUGGAAAAACAUAGUGUAG